GCGACGAUCACCUGUCACUGGAUACUUAGAAACGAGCGUUGGCAUGCAAAAUGAGUCACUGCAAGAUAGUUCAUAAGAAGACGACUGUAAGAGCAGCCAUGUUGAGGAGAAGCCGGAACCUUUGUGCUCGUCACAACUCGUGGAGCUCCGUGCGACAAGAGGCCGACAGCAUGGUCGUGGUCCUGGCCUUCGAGAGCGAGGACUGGAGUACGGGGAGGACACAGAUCAGCGACUCCGACUCCGAAGUGGACUACCUUGCCCUCUCCCCAACGGUGGAGGAUGUGGUUCCAGACACGGUCCCUGUGACAGGCGAGUCCUUCUGCCACUGUGACCCUCAGGAGGAGCCCAGACCUGGGGAGCUUCUGCAGCUCAGUGACUGCCUCUGUGGGGAGGAGGACCAGGGUUUUGAUUGGGUGUGGGACGAGCGCAGUAAAUCGAGCUCUGCGUUUCUGAGCUGUGACAACCGCAAAGUGAGCUUCCACUCCGAGUACAGCUGUGGGACUGCAGCGAUCAGGGGCACCAAGGAGCUCUCGGACGGACAGCACUUCUGGGAGAUAAAGAUGACCUCUCCCGUCUAUGGUACCGACAUGAUGGUAGGCAUUGGGACGUCCGAGGUCAGCAUGGAGAAGUACCGACACAGUUUCUGUAGUAUGCUUGGCACAGACGAGGACAGCUGGGGCCUUUCCUACACAGGGCUCUUACAGCAUAAAGGUGACAAGAUGAACUUCUCCUCACGCUUUGGCCAGGGGUCCAUCAUCGGCCUACACCUGGACACCUGGCACGGCACUUUGACCUUCUACAAGAACCGACGUCGUAUCGGUGUGGCUGCCUCCAAGCUGCAGAACAAGAAGUUCUACCCAAUGGUGUGUUCCACCGCAGCCAGGAGCAGCAUGAAGGUGAUCCGGGCUUGUUACACCCCCACCUCCCUGCAGUACCUCUGCUGUGCCCGCCUGCGCCAGCAGCUCCCCAACUGCCCGGACACCCUGGGGGUCCUGCCCCUGCCCCCAGGCCUGCGUCAACUCCUCUACACCCAGCUGGGCUGGGUCUUCAGCCUCAACAACCAGGCCACCGAAGGCCCCAAGCAGCCUGGGGACUUGCCUGAGGAAAUUAGCUCCCCCCCAAGCCCCUGCACCAGCCCUAUGCCCACCCUCAGUGCCUGUUCUUCCCAAAGCUCCACCCCCAGCCCUAUUCCUGAUCCCUGUCAGCUCCAUCACAGGGCACAAGCCUGCUCCUGCCCACCCACUCCUCCUGAGACAGAGUCUGACAGCUGUUUGUCAGAGCCAGAAGACUACCAGAGCAAAAGAUUCCGCUGGACAUGACUUGAAUCUUCCCAACUCAACAUGGGCACUUUACUAUGCACCUUUUCCUGCAUUGCCAUGGCCAUCUUUACGAUGAAACAGUAUGUAGAGGCUUCCUUAAUUCCUGAGCUAAUAUUUUUGAGAGCGUUCUGAAAGGGGUGUCUUUUCACCCAAGUGUAUUUCUGAGCACUAUGCGGAUGAAUGUGGGGUGGGGAAGAGUCGGCGGGGUUGGGGGGUGGGAGGCUUUAGAUUCACCCCACUGCUUGGGGGAGCAGAAAACAGACCUGACAUCCAAAAUUCAAAUCACCUUCUCAAUAGCUACUGCCUGCAAAUGUAGGCUCAGUCAAUUGUAGCAAGUUUAGAACAGAGUGCGUUACUCUUCAAGUUCAUAUCUUAGUGUUUGUACGGUGCAUCUCCAAGGAAACCUGGUUGCCAGAUCUGUGCGUGCGAAGAGCCAACUCUUCAUUGUUCAUGUAACUCAUGCCUUGACGAGAAAGUUAUUGGUUUAUUCAUAGGGCCAAUGCAUAAACAAAUUAGGUAGCCAGGCAGUUACUUUGUGAUACACAAUGGGGAAUGGGGAAAAUGAUUUGUUCAUACUGUUUGGACAUUCUUGAAGUGUAUUUUAUACUGUGCAUCAGUAUAAAUGCAGUGGUGGUGUGCCGUAGGGGUUUGUUUGUCUUUUUUAAAUAAUCUGAUGCUCGUGUCGGUUGAUUUUCAUACCAUGUGUACAGCCUUUCUUACUGAAGCAAUUCUAAAAUAAAAAUAUAUAAUCUUG